AUGGGUGCUGGAUGUUGUAAAGAGGAGGAAAUCGACUUUGAUGCUGAGGUGGAAUUGUCACACUUCCAUUUACUCAGAUCCGUAGGGAAAGGAGCUUUCGGCAAGGUCCGUGUUGUCCAACACAAAAAGUCUAAAACCCUCUACGCUUUAAAAUAUAUCAACAAAGCAAAAUGCAUAAAAAUGCGAGCCGUCGAAAACAUUAUUCAAGAACGACGGCUGUUGGAAGAAAUAGAGUUUCCUCUCGUGUGUAAUCUCCGCUAUGCAUUCCAAGAUGAUGAGAAUUUAUUCAUGAUACUCGAUUUGAUGCUUGGCGGAGAUUUGAGAUUUCAUUUGGAGAGGCAGGGGCCGAUGAACGAAGAAGUGGUGAAAUUUUACGUCGCAGAAGUGGCGCUAGGAUUGGAUUACUUGCACACGAGAAAAAUUAUUCACAGAGAUUUAAAACCUGAUAAUGUCCUCCUCGACGAGAAAGGUCAUGCUCACUUGACGGAUUUUAAUAUCGCUGUGCAUUUCAAUGAAAAAAAGCCUUUGACGUCUGUUGCUGGAUCAAUGGCAUACAUGGCUCCUGAAGUUUUAACGAAAAAAGGAUAUUUGAGUUCGGUUGAUUGGUGGUCUCUCGGAGUUGUUAUGUACGAGUUACUUUUUAGCAAGCGACCAUUCAAAGGAAAGACAAACGUAAACCUUACACAAGCUAUACUUCAUGAACCUCUACAAUUUCCCGAGGACGUUCAUAAGAUGGUUUCAGAUGAUUGUAUUGACUGUCUGAAAAGAUUCUGUGAACGAGAUAUAUCCAAACGCCUUGGUUGCGGCCCUGAUGGCUUGGAAGAAAUCAAGCGCCAUCCGUGGUUCGCUGGAAUGGAAUGGGAUAAGUUACUCGCGAAAGAAACUAUUCCACCGUUCGUACCUGAUUCCAAGCAGGCAAACUUUGACGCGACCCACGAAUUAGAAGAACUACUACUCGAAGACAACCCCCUAAAAGCCAAAAAGCGUGCUAAUCCAAACCAGGACCUUUCAGAGCUAUCGAAAGAAAUGCGCAUGAUGGAAGAGAAGUUUGUGGUAUACGACUAUACCAAAAUGGCACGUAGGAAUCACAAUGGCAUGAGCACCCCGGAAAUGAGUGUGCGCGGCGAAGGAUAUCAUAAUAAUGCUACGAGGUCAAAGAGUGGCAGCAGAAGCAGUGGCAGUUCUACGGCCGUUGAAAAAGCCGGAAGCUCAUCGUCCAGUCCGACUAGUGUUGAUUUUGUAAGCACUCUACCGCCUCCUCCUCCACAAGCCAUGACAAGAUUGCCUCAUAAUGGCCACGAGACAGAUUCACGAACAUUACCUGGUGAUGAGUAUAACAAUCAUAAAUGGAUGGAUCAGAAAGCGUCAAGCGAAUGGCUGAACGAGCAUCCAGCAUCCGUACAAAACCGUGAACUCCAACGAAAAGCAACACAGAACUCGAAUAGCAGUCGGCUAUAUCGACAAAGUUCUACAGUAUCUCACGAGGGAGAUAGCCCUACAUCUAAACAGCGUCCACAAAUAACAACCCAUUCGCAGCCAGUACAAUAUACAGAGGGACACGCCCGUUCUCCGUCAUCGUUAUCUACAUUAACACAAUCAACAAGUACAUCGUUGUCUCCGCCGCCAAGGGUACAGUCACCAAUACUUCGUGCAACUUCACCUCCGACAUCCCGACCGACAUCACCUCUCCCGAGUACAUUUGCUGGACAAUCACAGCAGACAUCCAUACGGAAUAUGUCAUCUAUUGGAUCGUCUGGAUCGUUUGGACGAUCUUCAGCACAAAAAAUGAUCAAUGCACUCGAGAUUCAGCCGGUCGGCAACCAUCGGUCUUCGUUGCAUGAAACUUUUAUGGGACAAUCGAAUGUAGCGAAAAAGGUCUGGGGAGCCAGUGACUUUGGGGUUGAAGGAAGUUUAAGUGGUAAUUCUAUAGGUAGUCAGUUGAGUUCUUCAGAUACGACGGGGCAUUAUCGUAGCACUUCUGAUGUGUCUACUGGAUCUGGAGCAUUAUCGGCCGUGGGUGUUCCUAGUUUUUAG